AUGCCAGAAUUCUCAACCAAACAAGACGGUGUCACUUCGACUGGUUCCAUCCACAAUGGGUAUUCAGAGCCCGCUAUCGACAGCUCCGGGCGACAGCUUGUGGGCCAUACUCAGCAGCCCGUCGCCGUCGUCGGCAUGGCUUGCCGUCUACCCGGUCAUAGCAACUCUCCAAAAGCGCUCUGGGAUUUCCUUUUGAAGGGAGGAGUUGCUGUCAACGAGCCUCCAUCUUCUCGCUUCAGCUUAGCAGGCCACUAUGAUAAGUCCAUGAAGCCACGUACUAUGAAAUCGCCUGGUGGUAUGUUCAUGGAGGAUGUGGAUCCUGCCCAUUUCGAUGGCCAAUUUUUCAACAUCAGUCGGACAGACUGUAUCGCAAUGGAUCCGCAGCAGCGGCAGCUUCUCGAAGUGACCUAUGAGUGUCUGGAGAACUCUGGUGUUACCCUCGAGGAACUGAGCGGGACAAGGACUGGAGUUAUUGUCGGUUCAAACUUCAUAGAUUAUGGGGCCAUUCAAAAUCGUGAUCCGGAGAACCGAGCGGAAUCCAUCACCAUCGGUCUCGCCUCCUCUAUAUUGAGCAACAGGAUCAGUCACUUCCUGAAUGUCCAUGGCCCAAGCAUGACGCUUGAUACAGCAUGCUCAGCCAGUCUUGUGGCCGUUGAUGUGGCUUGUCGCUAUCUGGAUAGCUUCCAGGCUGAUGGAAUGCUUGUUGAAGGUACAAAUAUGUGGCUAAGUCCAGAGCACAAUCAGGAGAUAGGCAUGAUGCACAUGACUCAAUCUGGAACUGGAAAAUGUCACAGCUUCGAUGCUAAGGCCGACGGGUACGUUAAAGCGGAAGGCAUCAACGCUGUGUAUUUGAAGCGUCUCGAUGAUGCUAUUCGCGACGGCGACCCGAUUCGUGCAGUGAUUCGCGGAACAGCUGCUUCAGCAUCUGGUCGAACGGCAGGUAUAGCCAAUCCGAGUCCCAAGGCUCAAGCCUUUGCGAUCAGAGAGGCUUACAAGAAUGCUGGCAUCAGAGACUUCCAGGAAACAUCAUUCUUGGAAUGUCACGGCACAGGUACCUUGGCUGGAGAUCCGGUUGAGGUGAAGGGUGCGGCCUCUGUCUUUUCCGAUGGACGCAGUGAUGGUCAAGACUUAGUGAUCGGCUCUAUUAAGAGCAACAUAGGUCAUUCCGAAGCUGCAGCUGGAAUAUCUGGACUUAUCAAGGCGGUUAUGGCAGUUGAAACCGGUAUUAUCCCUGGUACGCCAACCUUUGUGACCCCGAACCCAGCCAUCGACUGGAAGGCUUCUCGAGUUCAGGCUUCCCGAACAUCGAUGAAAUGGCCCACAGCGGGCAUUCGGCGGGCCAGUGUGAACUCAUUCGGAUUUGGUGGAGCCAAUGCACAUGUCGUGCUUGAACAGGCACCUUUCUCUCACCACGUAUCGUCAUACAAGCAAGUGAGCACCGACUUCUUUGACGACAGUGACGAUGAGACUUCCGACACAGCGCGUCAGAAAACGUCUGCAGACAAGUUAACUCCACCAACACUGUUGGUGUUCUCCAGUAAUGACAAAGCUUCUCUUGAGAACUACGUUGCGUCUAUCUCAGCUCACUUGAUCAAUCCUACCGUAUCCAUCAACACGGAUGACUUAGCUUACACUUUAUCCGAGCAUAGAAGCAAGCAUUACUACAGAGGAUUCAGUGUCGUACGCUCCGCCAAAGCCAAGAUCGACAAAUCAACUCUUGUGAUCGGCAAACAGGCAUCAUCAGCUCCACGAGUCGGUUUCGUGUUCACAGGUCAGGGGGCGCAGUGGUCGCAGAUGGGAUCUGACCUCCUGAAGCAAUCUUCACUCGCCCACAAGGUUAUCCAAGACUUGGAUGACGUUUUACAGUCUCUUCCUGAACCCCCUUCUUGGUCUCUCCUCAAAGAACUGUCGGAGCCAAGAAGUAUCGAAGUACUACGACAGCCUGAGUUCUCACAACCACUGGUGACAGCAUUGCAGCUUGCACUUGUCGAAGUCCUCAAGUCCUGGGGAAUCACUUCGAAAGCUGUUAUUGGCCACUCAUCUGGUGAGAUUGCUGCAGCCGCAGCUGCCGGCCUCAUCACAUCAGAAACCGCUAUCAGAACAGCCUACUUCCGCGGUAAGGCUGCCAAAAUGGUUCCAAGUCCGGACGAACCAGUAGGAAUGCUUGCGGUUGGAGUCGGACCUGAAAUCCUACAGCCGUACUUCGAAUCGGUGCAGGGCAGGAUACAGAUUGCCUGCUACAAUAGUCCUAGUAGCUUGACCAUCUCUGGUACUACUGCAACACUCCAGGAUCUUUGUACUCGUCUGAAAGAAGACGGACACUUUGCAAGGAUGCUGCAAGUCGAUCUUGCAUACCAUUCCGAUUAUAUGUCCGAGAUCGGUGACGUCUACGAAAGAUUGCUAUCCAGUAAACACGCAACUGACGGCCACAUGAACGGGAAUCAGGCCCUAUCAGUGACAACACGUAUGUUUAGUUCUGUCACAGGCAACGUUUUGCCGAAAGACGCGUUACUAGGUGCGGCCUACUGGAAGAGUAACAUGGUGUCUCCUGUGCAAUUUGCCCAAGCGACACGAGCGCUCCUAGCCGACUCUGAGCAUGGGGCCGACUUUCUCAUAGAGAUCGGUCCAAGCAGUACUCUUGCUGGCCCGAUUGGACAAAUUCAAAAGGAAUUCACCACGGGGCCUGCGAAUGAAUCGACCUACGCAUCGACAUUGAAACGGGGACAAGAUGCUACUUUUCCAAUGUACAACAUGGCAGGUCAGCUUUUCAUCAAAGGUGGCGCAGUUGAUCUGUGUGAAGUCAACCGAUAUUGUGGGCCAGUUUUCAAAAUGCGGCCAAAGGUCCUUGUGGAUCUUCCAAACUACUCCUGGAACCAUUCGAUCUCAUACUGGCACGAGACACAGGCAAGCAAAGACUGGCGAUUCAGGAAAUUUGUCACCCAUGAUUUAUUAGGGUCCAAAAUUCUUGGAACACCGUGGCAAGCUCCUGUUUUCAAUAAGGUCUUGAAACUGACCGAUUUGCCCUGGCUGAGUGACCACAAACUAGGCAGUCAGGUCGUGUUUCCUGGGGCGGCAUACAUGACAAUGGCUAUCGAGGCCAUGUAUCAAACGGCCAUGAUGACAAAGUGGAGGCAAGAGCCUCCAGCUGAAUUUCGCUAUCGGUUGCGUGACGUGAAGUUCCUGCGGGCAUUGGUCCUGGACGAAAACGCCGAAAGCAGAAUCACGCUCACGCUCUUCCCUCGGCAUGGAGGGUCUAUCAGGUCUUGGUUCGAGUUCAAGGUGUGCUCCUUCAACGAAUCGCUAUCGACAGAGCACUGCGUUGGGCAGAUUUGUGUCGAGACCGAAUAUCAAGUCGCCAAGAGCCUCGGCGAGGCGAAGAACCCUCUGGAUCUCCCUGUGCCAGCUGGCAUCUGGUACAAGGCCCUCGCUCGCGCAGGCUACAAUUUUGGGCCACUCUUUCAGAAGCAACUCAAUGUUGAGAUUGCCAUGGGUCAGAGAAAAGGUCGAUCCAUGGUCAACCUCCAGCCCCCGUUGGCGAUAGCGCAUACCGAGUCGCAUUAUCCCAUGCAUCCUACUGUCAUGGACGGUUGUCUGCAAACAGGAUCUCCACCCCUCUGGAAAGGCGAUUCUUCUGCAGUCAUGAAAGUCCUAGUGCCUAAAACCAUUGACAGUCUCGUACUCAUGGGAAGUCAUGAAUUGCCGAGAGAAGGUAUCACGUUCUCAUCGGCUACUUUCUUAGGUGUUGGGAAUGUAGAAGAUGCUCGCAAUUAUGCUACCAAUGUCUCUCUGUAUGAUCCCUGUGACGGGAGAUUCAUUUUUGAGAUGAAGGGCUUGGCAUCAGCAGAGAUUGAUACAAGUGAUGCAGCCAGCCUCGACCAUACCUUCACUCGUGUCUCUUGGAAUGCAGAUAUUAGUCUAUUGAUGAAGGCUGACAAUUCCCUUGUUCGGAAGUGGUUUGCUGACAGCAAUACCAUCAAGACCGUACAGGAUCUCCUCAAUCUUGUGGCACAUAAGAACCCUGGUCUUAAAGUGUUGGAGAUCAACAUGAGUCCAGGGGAUUCGUCAAGCUGGUGGAUUGAUCCUGAGAGCAAGACUCACGCCAUACGGGCAGCAUCCUCGGAUUACAGCCUCGUAGUGAGUGAGGCUAAGACACUAAUUAGCGCUCAACAAGAACUUUCUCCUCGUUCAGCCGCGGCCCGCUUCCAUCUUCUUGAUACUUCGCAGCAAGGACUCAUUGCUGAAAGCGUCCAGUUUGACCUUGGAAUCAUCAAAAGCAGCUCGACAACUGUUUCUGAGAGCACGAAUGCAUUGGUUUUGAACAUGAUGCGCAAGUCAAUGAGCGAAACAGGUUUCAUCUUGACUUCGGGCUUGAGCCAAGAAGCCAUUAGUGGUUUCGGCCGGACCGUUGCCGUGCCUCAAUUGGGUGCGGAUAUCUAUCUGUCUCAAAUCAGGCCGGAAGGGAACGAAACAGCCAACCUGAGAGAAAAGCACCCCAAUAUCACCCAUAUCAGCUUCCUUGAACCAGAAACCAAGCACGCGCACAGUAUUUGCGAAGUAUUAGAGGCUAUUGGUAGCGGUAGAUGGAUGGUGAAGACAGCUGCCGAUCCACUAAGGGACAUCGACUCUAGCGGAGAAGUUGUCGUUAUCCUUGACGAGCUAUUCGAGCCAAUUCUUCCGCAUCUGGAUGAAAGAAUGUGGAGGAUCCUGAAGCAUGUUACUCAAAAGCGAUGCCAAGUUCUUUGGGUCACCAGCGGUGCUCAUAUCAAUGUCACCGAUCCUACGAAAGCUUCCGCAACCGGCCUUCUACGAAGCAUUCGAGCAGAAGAAGGACUUUGCCUGAUGACACUGGACUUAGAGUGUACGUCUGAUGUGCAGAGAAUGGCUACGACUAUUGAGUCGUGUCUUGAGCAACUCUGUACAGCUGAAGUUGGGGAUGAUGACCCAGCGGCAGUCGACUACGAAUAUGUGGAACGAGACGGAAUUAUAAGCAUAUCUCGUCUUGUUCCUGACCUCGAACUUACUGCACUUCAGAGCGAUGACACGAGCGCACGUCAAACGGAGGUCAUGGGACUUCACGGAUGCGAUACCCUUGUACGGCUCCAGUGCGAACGACUAGGUGAUCUGGAUGCAAUUUGCUUUGCCGAAGCAGCACCACAGCCGAUCCCGCUGAGAGAAGGCUUCAUUGAAAUUCAGAUACAUGCAGCGGGUCUAAACUAUAAGGACGUCGUUGUUAGCAUGGGUAUCGUGCCCGGCGACGACAGUGCACUUGGAUAUGAAGCGGCUGGCGUGGUUACUAAGAUCAGUCCAACUGCAGCUAGGACCAACCCCGACCUUGCUAUUGGCCAACGAGUUGUGGCGUUCAGCCAGGGUGCACUCGCAAAUAAAUUGCAAACGACACCUGGUCGUGUUCACCGCAUUCCCGACUCCAUGUCAUUUGAAACGGCAGCUACCCUGACUGUCGUCUACCUCACCAGCUUGCACGCACUGUCGAUCGCUAAGCUUACCGCAGGCAAACGCAUUCUGAUUCACUCCGCGGCGGGUGGUGUGGGGAUGGCUGCUUUACAGCUGGCCGUAAAUGCCGGCGCCAAGGUGUUUGCUACAGUUGGGACAGAAGAAAAAAGAGAGUUUCUCAAAUCGACGUUCUCUUUGACCGAUGAUUCGAUUUUCUAUUCCCGGAACGUUGACUUUGCUGACCAGAUUCUGUCGGCUACAGACGGUAAAGGCGUCGAUAUUGUACUGAACUCCUUGACCGGAGAUCUGCUGGUCGAAUCAUUCCGCAUCCUAGCAGAUGGUGGAGUUAUGGUAGAAAUCGGUAAGAAGGAUAUUCUUGAUCGUAGUAGUCUGCCCAUGGCGGUCUUCGACCGAAACACAACAUUCAGGGGUGUCGACAUGUCUCCAGAAAGGGUAUCAGACGACCUUGCGUCGCAGCUGUUCUCAGAGCUUUUCGAUCUUCUUGACAAUGGAAGGAUCCAGCCCGUCCACCCAAUCCAUCAAUUUUCUUGGGGAGACAUCCCGUCCGCCAUUCGAUUUUUGCGCUCGGGCAAACAUAUGGGAAAGAUUGUCAUCACUGAUGGCGAAGCAGAAGUUCAAGUGCCUAUUCGACGGGCGCCAAAGACUUUUCCAUUUGACGACAACCGAUGCUAUCUUAUCGUCGGCGGGCUACGGGGUCUCUGCGGUUCCUUGGCCAUAUAUCUUGCUAAGAUGGGGGCGAAAUAUCUUGCCGUCAUAGCCAGGAGUGGGCACAAAGAUAAAAAGUCGCAAGCCAUAGUCAAGCAAGUCAAUGCGCUCGGAGCUCAUAUUGAUCUCCUAACGGCCGAUGUUACCGUUGCUGCCGAUGUUGAUCGGGUUUUGACCGAGACACGUAAGCCGGUUGGAGGUAUCAUUCAGGGUGCAAUGGUGCUCAGGGAUCGACCAUUCGACUCAAUGUCAGUCACCGAGUAUCAUGAGGCGGUGACUUGCAAGGUUCAGGGAACUUGGAAUCUCCAUGUUGCAGCAGAAAAGCUUGGCUUCAACCUGAGCUUUUUUACCAUGCUCUCCAGCAUAUCCGGUGUCGUUGGGAAUCGAGGCCAGGCAAACUACUCAGCUGCAAAUGUCUUUCUCGAUGCAUUCGCCGAGUUCCGUCUUCAGAGGGGCCAAGCAGCGUGCUCAGUUGAUCUUGGAGUCAUCGAGGAUGCAGGUUUCAUCGCGGAACGGGGCGGCUUUCAGGACAAACAUUUCGACAACCGCAUGUUCAAUGGAAUCGAUGACAGAUUACUUCGCAAGAUUCUGUACUUCUCUAUCCUUCAGCAACGGGGUCAAGUAGGAUGUGAAAAAAGCCCUUGUGCUAGAGGUAGCCGAGUCUCGUUGGGCCAAAUGAUUACUGGUCUUGUCAUGCCACAACCAGCAGAUUCUUGGCUGAGGAAAGACGCUCGCUUCGCUGCUUUAUUCACAGGGCAAGGGAGUACGACCGCUAUGUCCGGUGGUAACAAUAACAAUAAGGGCGAUGCAGAUGUGCAAGCCCUGCUACUCAUGCUCCGAACUGCGUCUUCGAAUCCGGCAGCCACACUGACCGCCACGAUUAAAGUCAUUAAUCAGUGCUUCAUGCGGAUCCUACGGCUCUCCGAGCCUCUGGAUCCCGCACGUCCACUUUCUAUCUACGGCAUCGACUCCCUAAGUGCAGUUGAAGUGCGUAACUGGGUGCGGAGCGAGCUAGGUAUUCUGGUGACGACGUUGGAUAUCAUGAAUGCUUCGUCACUGGAGGCAUUUUGCAACAAGAUAGUGAUGAAGAUGGCUGCUUCGGAGAGUUGA